CAAGUCUACAGCAACCAACAUUGAUGCUUUGACAGCUGACACUAACAAACAUAAGACUAUUGUUAAACCUUAUUAACUUGUAGUGCUCAUUAAGCAGAAGAAACAAGAUAUGGGGAAGUCCCAAAAGGAGAUGAUUCCAGUUCUCUGGCUUUUUUAUUUCAUUAGAUGUAUCUAUUUCGUUUCUUGUGCAAAUUCUUCAUGCCCCAUUGAUUUUAGUUAUGUCAACACAUUACCAUGGCAGAUAUCAAAUUGCGUGGAUAAACCAGUAAGGCAAGAAAUUUGUUGUCAAACCAUUAGAAGCCUCCUUGGUGUUGGCCUUGCAAAAUACCUCAAUGAAACUUCCAUGUUCUAUUUUCCCAACUCAGAAACUGCAACUUCUUGUAUCUUGCGUUUUAAUGAGAGGCUUGCAUCCAUGUCGGUCCACAUUUCAUGCACUGAUAGAUCGUACAACCAGCUAGUGGUUAACAGUUCAAGUAAUUGUGGUGGAAUUACAACACUUCAAGAUUGGAAAGAAAAAGUUGGUAUUACUGAAUUAGACUCAGCUUGCAAAGGGAACUUAUCUACUCCAAGUCAGUGCAACGCCUGCUCAGAGGCUGGGCAGAGGGUGGCUCCUCGGUUAGAGUCUAUGAGGUUAAACUCCACAAAAUGUUUCUAUUACACUUGUUUGUAUGCUGCUGGAAUUGUUAAUGAAUAUGGCCCUGAGAAUGCAAGAAUAGCUGAUUGUGCACUCGGGCUGGAUGUGGCCAAGUCAACAACUAACAAGCGGACACAAGUUUUCAAGGUUGUUUUUGGAUUGUUGGGGGCAAUUUUUGGGGUUUUGACAACAUGGGGUUGCUUCAUGAUUUAUCAGAAAAUGAUAAAGGAAAGGAGGCUAGCAGCUUUGCGCGAAGAAUAUGUAAGGGGAGUGAAGGCUAAGGUGUUGCCCAACACAGGGGCAAAAUGGUUUCAUAUAGCUGAGCUUGAGCAGGCAACUAAAGGGUUUUCAAAAAAGAAUCUGAUAGGACAGGGAGGAUUUGGAGUUGUCUAUAAAGGUACACUUCUGGAUGGCACAAUCGUCGCAGUGAAACAACUUCUUAAUAUGGAUAUAAAUGGCGAUGAUCAAGAAUUCACCAACGAGGCAGAGAUUAUUAGCAAAAUCAGGCACAGAAAUCUUCUUGCUCUAAGAGGGUUUUGUGUUGCUAGCGACGCGAUUAAAGGUAACAUAAGAUGUCUUGUUUAUGAUUUCAUGUCAAAUGGUAGUUUAGAUGAGCAUUUGUUCAACAAUGAAGGGAAUUUUAUUGGUAAGCAGCCAUUGAGUUGGCCUCUGCGCAAGAACAUUAUUAUUGAUGUCGCAAAAGGACUAGCUUAUUUGCACUAUGGACUCAAACCAGCCAUUUAUCACCGUGAUAUAAAGACAACAAACAUACUUUUGGAUUCAGAAAUGAAAGCCAGACUAGCUGAUUUCGGAUUAGCCAAGCAGACUAAUGAAGGAGAAUCACAUCUGACGACUAAAGUAGCUGGAACAUACGGAUAUUUAGCUCCAGAAUAUGCUCUUUACGGACAACUAACUGAAAAGAGUGAUGUCUACAGCUUUGGCGUUAUAAUUCUUGAGAUCAUGAGUGGGCGGAGAGUACUUGACACAUUUUCAACAUCUUCAAGAGUUCUAAUCACGGAUUGGGCAUGGGAUCUUGUGAAGUCAGGAAACGUUGAGAACAUUUUUGAUCAUCGAAUGGAAGAAAAUGGAUCAAAGGGAGUAAUGGAAAGAUUUGUACAUGUUGGUAUUCUUUGUGCUCAUGUAAUGGUGGCUCUAAGGCCAACUAUUUCUGAGGCUCUAAAGAUGUUAGAAGGUGAUAUAGAAAUUCCAGUGCUGCCUGAUAGACCAUUGCCUCUUUGCCACGAGUCUUUAAGAUAUAUCCCAGAUUUCAGUACAUCAACAUUUGGAAUAUCUGGUCGAAGAUCAAGCGUUGAUGUCUCAGGUGGCACGUCAAGUAUUGAUACAUCAAACUCGAAGGCUAGCACUUGGAUGAGCAUGUAAAGUAGAGGUUUUUAAUGGUUGAGAGUAAGGAAUGACUAAGGGAGGACUUUGCUGUAACAAUCUGAAAUACAUAUAGAAAAUGCAAAAUCUUAUUCAGUGGUACAAAGAAAAUGGAAUUGCUUGAAAGCUAAUUCCCGGAUCUUUUCACUAAAAAAAUUUUCAUUUACUUC